GUUGGAUUUCUUUUUCAUGCUCUGUUUCUCUGUUUGAUUGGUAGUUGGGUUUGUUGCUAAAGUAAGAAACGUAUGUUUUCCGCUGAGUCGCCGGCCAGAAAAUGGCUGGGAUUUGUUACGGCCGUUUGGGUGCAGUCCAUCUCCGGCAACAAUUACACCUUUUCGAAUUACUCUGCUGCUUUGAAAUCUCUCAUGGCUCUUACUCAGUUGCAACUCAAUAACCUUUCUGUCGCUAAAGAUGUAGGAAAGGCCUUUGGGAUCUUAGCUGGUUUGGCUUCGGAUCGUCUUCCUACUCCCCUCAUCCUUCUAAUCGGUUCUAUCGAAGGCCUCAUUGGAUAUGGAGUUCAGUGGCUCGUCGUUAGCCAGCGAAUUCGUCCCCUUCCUUACUGGCAGAUGUGUAUAUUUCUGUGCAUGGGAGGCAACAGCACGACAUGGAUGAACACGGCGAUACUGGUAACCUGUAUGCGAAACUUCCGGAAGAACAGAGGUCCAGUCUCCGGCAUUCUCAAAGGCUACGUGGGCCUCAGCACUGCGAUUUUCACUGACCUCUGCAGUGCCCUCUUCUCUGACAGCCCAUCCAGCUUCCUCCUUAUGCUGGCCAUCAUCCCUGCGGUCGUCUGUUUCACGGCGGUGCUCGUCCUUCGUGAGACCCCCCCCAACGCAGGGGCAGUCGCAGAGAAGGAAGAAACACAUGAUACUGAGUUGGGUGGCGAAGCCACUGGGAUUCGGGACUCGGGGAAGACAAUGAGGAACUGGACUAUCUCUUCUGCUCUACUUUUGUUACUUCUUCUCUCUCUCCUUCCGGAUCAAGGUCGUAACAUACAUGCCAAUGCGGAAGAGAGCGAAUCCGAAGAGCUUGUAGACCCCCCUAAGAUUGAAGAUAAGAUCGGUGCCGUUCCUAAUGGAUUAUCUACUGAUUCGGAUGUUGUUAAGAGGGAGGCGGAGUCAAUCUCAAAGAAAUCUCUUCGCAGCAAUGCUGAGAAAUUCGAGUUUCAAGCUGAGGUUUCUCGGCUCAUGGAUAUACUUAUCAACUCUCUUUAUAGCAAUAAAGACAUUUUCUUGAGGGAGCUAAUCUCCAAUGCUUCUGAUGCGUUGGAUAAGAUCAGGUUCCUUUCCCUCACAGAUAAGGAGAUUUUGGGUGAAGGUGAUAAUACAAAGCUUGAGAUCGAGAUUAAAUUAGACAAGGAAAAGAAAGUGAUUUCUAUUCGUGACAGAGGUAUAGGAAUGACAAAAGAGGAUCUCAUCAAAAACUUGGGAACCAUAGCAAAGUCUGGAACUUCAGCAUUCGUUGAGAAAAUGCAGACAAGCGGUGACCUCAAUCUCAUUGGACAGUUUGGAGUUGGGUUUUACUCUGUAUAUCUUGUUGCAGACUAUGUCGAAGUCAUUAGCAAACACAAUGAUGACAAACAGUAUAUUUGGGAGUCAAAGGCUGACGGGGCAUUUGCAAUCUCUGAAGAUGAAUAUAAUGAGCCAUUAGGACGUGGAACUGAGAUCAGAUUGCAUCUUAGAGAGGAAGCCCAGGAGUAUUUAGAGGAAGACAAACUAAAAGAAUUGGUGAAGAAAUACUCUGAAUUUAUUAACUUCCCUAUAUAUAUCUGGGCAAGCAAAGAAGUUGAUGUGGAGGUUCCUGCAGAUGAAGACUCUAGUGAAGAAGAGGAAACAACUGAAAGUAGCUCUUCAGAGGAAGAGGCAGAAGAGGAAGAUUCUGAGAAAAAGCCAAAGACUAAGACAGUGAAGGAAACAACUUAUGAGUGGGAGCUUUUGAAUGAUAUGAAGGCCGUUUGGUUACGGAAUCCAAAGGACGUUACAAAUGAGGAAUACACAAAAUUCUACCACUCUCUUGCUAAGGACUUCGGUGAUGAAAAACCCUUGGCAUGGAGUCACUUUAGUGCCGAAGGUGAUGUAGAGUUCAAGUCUAUUCUGUUUGUUCCUCCAAAGGCUCCUCAUGAUCUGUAUGAGAGCUACUAUAACUCCAACAAAGCCAACUUGAAGUUAUAUGUUAGACGUGUCUUCAUCUCGGAUGAAUUUGAUGAACUGCUUCCCAAGUACUUGAAUUUUUUGAAGGGUCUUGUUGAUUCUGACACCUUACCACUCAAUGUAUCACGAGAAAUGCUUCAACAGCACAACAGUCUUAAGACUAUCAAAAAGAAACUCAUUCGCAAAGCUCUUGAUAUGAUCCGUAAGAUUGCUGAAGAGGAUCCUGAUGAGGCUAAUGAUAAAGACAAUAAAGAAGCUGAAAAGUCCAGUGACAAUGAUGAGAAGAAAGGUCAGUACGCUAAGUUCUGGAAUGAGUUUGGAAAGUCCAUAAAGCUUGGUAUCGUUGAGGACGCUGCCAAUAGAAACCGCCUUGCAAAGCUUCUCAGAGUUGAAACUACGAAGUCUGGUGGCAAGCUAACAUCACUAGAUCAGUACAUCUCAAGAAUGAAACCUGGGCAGAAGGAUAUCUUUUAUAUAACAGGAACCAGUAAGGAACAAUUGGAGACAUCACCCUUCCUUGAGAGGCUCAAGAAGAAAAAUUAUGAGGUUAUUUUCUUCACUGAUCCGGUAGAUGAAUACCUAAUGCAAUAUCUGAUGGAUUAUGAAGACAAGAAAUUCCAGAAUGUGUCAAAGGAAGGGCUGAAACUCGGGAAGGAAUCGAAGGACAAGGAGGUCAAGGAAUCAUUCAAAGAGCUAACAAAAUGGUGGAAGGGUGCUCUUGCCAGUGAAAACGUUGAUGAUGUGAAGAUAAGCAACCGUCUGGAUAACAGCCCAUGUGUGGUUGUGACCUCCAAGUAUGGGUGGAGUGCAAACAUGGAAAGAAUUAUGCAAUCUCAGACUCUAUCUGAUGCCAAUAAGCAGGCAUAUAUGCGUGGCAAGAGGGUUCUUGAGAUUAACCCUAGGCACCCAAUCAUCAAGGAGCUUCGGGACAGGGUUGUCAAGGAACCUGAGGAUGAGAAUGUAAAGCAGACAGCAAGGCUUAUGUACCAAACGGCACUUAUGGAGAGUGGCUUCGUGCUUAAUGACCCUAAGGAUUUUGCAUCCAGUAUCUACAGCUCUGUCAAGAACAGCCUGAAGAUCAGUCCAGAUGCAGCAGUGGAAGAGGAAGAUGAUGCAGAGGAGGUUGAAACUGAAGUAAAGGGUGAUGAAGCCAGAACCACAGAGGAUGAUUCAGACACAGAAGAAUCUUUUAGCAAGGAUGAGUUGUAAAUUUAUGAGAGGUGACAUACUCGUAAUUAAGAUUUUCUGACUACCUAGUUUCUCAAGGAGAACCCUGAAACAUUGCAUCCUCCCUUUCUGAAAAAAAAGAAAGAAAUUGGAUAGGUUUGGAACUACUGUAAGAAUAGUCACUAGAAAUUUUGUCUUGUAGUGAGUAGAAAUUUGCAGAGA